UACACAUUGGCUACAACGCAAGGCUUUGUCGAAGCCUGGUGGAGAGAACGCGGCGAUACAUCUGCACAACCUCAUACAAGACGACGCAAAUCACGAGACAAUCAUCGGCCAUGGGCUCUGGACAGCCAGCCGGGACUCACCUGGCCUUUCACCAUGACGGAAAACUGCUCAGUUUGAAGACGGAAUUGGUAUCAAUACGGCCCUUCUCUGCAGUAGAGGAGCAAAAUCGCGCUGUUUUCAAGGAUGGCGGCGAUGAUGACUACGUUGUCGUGACCAAGGAGACCAUCUUCCAUCCGCAGGGCGGUGGUCAGCCCUCAGAUGAAGGCACAAUCUCAGCAACCGCAUCGGAGGACGGCCAGUCUCCCGUCUCCAUCGAUAUUAGGGCAGCACGCAUGGAUGUCGUAAAUGACGGCCUGGUGCUACAUCUCGGUCGCUUCAAGGAUCCUUCAGCCGCAGAGAAGCUUCAGCCAGGCGACGUCGUUGAGCAGACGAUUGACGCUGAGAAGCGCCUCCUCUACUCGCGGCUGCACACUGCGGGCCACGUUCUUGGAUCAGCUGUGAGGCAUCUGCUCGAGAAGGAAAUCGAGGGCUUCGACGAACUCAAGGCAUCUCAUUUCCCCGACAGCGCGGCCUGCGAGUUUCGUGGUCUGAUCGAGGGCAAGUGGAAGCAGCCGAUUCAGGAUCGCGUCGAUGAGUAUCUUCGCCGCGCAAUGCCGGUAGAGAUUGACUUCUGGACUGAAGACGAUUUCCGACGAGAGGGCUUGGAGCGCUUGAUUCCAGACCGCAGCCUGUUGCCUCCCGGAGAGACCAAGUUCCGAGUGGUGCGCAUUGUAGGAGCAGAGGUUUAUCCUUGCGGAGGCACACAUGUCGAUACUACGGACCUGUGCGGCGCAACGACGGUGAAGAAGAUCGGGAGGAGCAAAGGCAUCAGCCGCGUCAGUUACACAGUUGCUUGAUGGGCGAUUUGGGAGACCGAUAACGGCACGGCUUGAAGCAAUAAACGGCCGCUGGUAUAGAUGAUUACAUAUGACAUCUCGAUGCAUAGACACAUGGAUAUGGGUGAUUAGACUCUCUUGGCAUGGGAAAUAGAUGGAUAGG